CCCACUGCAUUACUAAAACAUAAAAGCACAAUAUCUCAAAACCAAGUUUUCUCUCUCUCUCUCUCUCUCUCACUCUUCAUCCUCCACCCUCUUACUCUCUAGUUUUUCCUCCACUUCUCUCUUCUCUUCUUUCUAUGAUAGUAGCGUUAAUUACCAACGCAAGCAGAGAGAGCAGAACAAGAAAUAAUGAGAAACACCAUACGGUGUUGCAUCUCUUGCAUUCUUCCAUGCGGAGCACUGGACGUAAUCCGCAUAGUGCACUCCAACGGCCGCGUCGAGGAAAUCACCGGCUCCGUCAAGGCCAGCGAGAUCAUGAAGGCGCACCCCAAACACGUGCUCAAGAAGCCAUCCUCGCCCUCCACCCAAGACGGCGUCGUUCCCAAGAUCGUCGUCGUCCCUCCCGACGCUGACCUCCAGCGCGGCAAGAUUUACUUCCUCAUGCCCCUCCCCUCUCCCCCCUCCGACAAGAACCACCGCCAGAGACCCUCCUCCGGAAAGAAGAAAAGGAAGGACCACCACGCCGAGAGAAUCCACCACAACCGCAAUCACAGCAACAACAACAACAACAGUGACGCCAUUUCCGUGGCCAACUUGCUCGUCUCGAACGAUCGCUACUUGACUGAAAUACUCUCUGAGAAGCUUUCUACGCAGAGAGACAGAAGACGAGGUCGUGUCGCCGUUUGGAGGCCUCACCUGGAGAGCAUUUCCGAGUCACCACCUGAUAUAUAACUACUGUAAACGCUUCUUCUUCCUUAAUUGUUCAAUAUCUUAAGCCUCUCCCUCCUAUAUUAUAUUAUAUUAUAUUAUACCAACAUAUAUAUAUUUCCAUCUUCCAAACUUCAAAACCCGUUUUUCUAAAUUCAACUAAAAAAUUUCGUUUCAUUUUUCUCAGUCAUAUAGGCUUAAAAAUAUAGGAAUACGUGUCUACCGAAAGAAGCCAGUUUGUAUCAGUAGCUGAAAAUAUUGGUAUAUGAAGUAAUGAGAUGAUAAUACGUUGUGAUUUUGAGAAGUGAGAUCGUUUUUGAAUAAAAUUCGGGGAUCACAAGUGCUCAACUUU